GUUUUUAGUCUACACUAAACCCGACAGAGCAACGGACGUGAGAGAUCUCAAACAGAAACGACGACGAACCAAAACGUCGUCUCGCGUCGGCAAAACUGAACGUAACGAAAUCUCAGCGACACAGACUUAACGAAGCGCAGACCCAAUUUGAAUUUAGAUUUGAUUUUGUGUGCCUAAGAAUCCGAAAUAAAUAAUGACAUUGUUGUCCAUCGCUGGGUAAUACGGGUAGCAGCAGGCUGUGAAGCAAAAAUGGUGAAGAUCGUUGAUGGUCUCCCCGAGAUCAGCGCCCACAAUCAUCAUCACCACCAUCAUACGCCCACGCUUGCGCAUCAUCAUCAUCAUCCGCUGACGCUCUCAUCGCAUCCACAUCCCGUCGGCAUUAAUCUCACGAAUCUGAUGAAAAUGGCCAGAACGCCGCAUCUCAAGUCCAGCUUUUCGAUCAAUUCGAUACUGCCCGAGACGCUGGAGCAUCACGACGACGAGGAGGAGGAUAAGCCCGAGGAUCAGUCAGUCCUUCAAUCGAAAUUUCUGCCCAACCACAACAACAAUAAUCCCGUUGAUGCCACGCACUGGGGCAACGACGAGCACGAUCCGGAGAGCGAUGUGGAGUCUGAUCUGGAUGUCACGUCCAUGUCCCCGGCGCCGGCUGUCGCCAACAAUGAGAGCAGCGACGUGGACGAGGUGGACGACUGCGACGACGUGGACGAAGACGUGGACUGUGAUGCCGAUGGCGAUGGUGAGACCACCGACGGCGACGCCGAGACCAAGUCCAGCGAUGGCAAACCCGUGAAAGAUAAGAAGGGCAACGAGAAGCCCCCCUACAGCUACAACGCGCUCAUCAUGAUGGCCAUUCGCCAGAGCCAGGAGAAGCGGCUGACCCUCAACGGCAUCUACGAGUACAUCAUGACCAACCAUCCGUACUACAGGGACAACAAGCAGGGCUGGCAGAACUCCAUCCGGCACAAUCUCAGCCUCAACAAGUGCUUCGUGAAGGUGCCGCGGCACUACGAUGAUCCCGGCAAGGGCAACUACUGGAUGCUCGAUCCCUCGGCCGAGGAUGUCUUCAUCGGUGGAUCCACUGGCAAGCUGCGGCGACGCACCACAGCCGCCUCCCGCUCCCGGCUGGCUGCCUUCAAGCGUUCGCUUAUUGGACCCAUGUUCCCCAGUCUGGCGGCCUAUCCACAGUUCGGACAGUUCCUCACGUAUCCCCCCACGGCGCCCAGCCUGCUGGCCAGCAUGUACCAGCGCUACAAUCCUUUUGCGCCAAAGAGCGGACCCGGCGGAAUGCCGGGCAUGCCGCCGCCUCCGCCAGGACCUGGACCGGGUCAGGGCUUGCCGCCGCCUCCGUUCGGGGUGCCGCCGACAGGCAACGAGCUCUAUCAGCGCCUUCAGUACCAACAGCUGUUGCAUCAACAUGCGGCAGCCGCCGCUCUGGCGGCACAUCAAAGACAGCUCUCUGCGGCGGCGGCGGCGACGGCACCACAGCCUCAUAUGACACAUCUGGGGCAGCCGCCCUCGUCGCCCAGUCACCUCCAUGGUGGAGGUGGAGGUGGAGGUGGAGGAGGCGACUCACCAGGUCCCUCACCACAGCCGCUGAUCAAUCCGGUCCAAGUCGUCUCGCGCAAUAGCUGAAGGAGCGAGAGAGCGAGAGAGCGGAGAGCGGGUUGCGGCAUGGCGUUUGGUAGUUGAUUUAGUUUAAGUAUUGAUUGUACAUAGAAAUAGCCGCGACUGAGGCGCUAGACGCUUGUAUAUAGAGAAACCAGGAUGGGUGCCAGCAGGGAUUCCAUUUGCAGAGUUCAAAAAGUGCAGGCAGGUGGGAAACUACGAGGGAAGAGAGCAGAAGAGUAAAACGAUUUCUGUAGCGGUUUUUCCAUGCAAUAAGAAUAGUUUCUUGGAACAAAUUUCAACAGCAAAGCGGCAAAGUUGUACAUUUUUGGUAAUAAUAUUUCCCUGAGAAAGAGAUUUAUGGAUCUUCUGGUUAUGCAGAAAAUUAUAUAAACCCAUGAGGGAAACCUUAAAUACUUCAAGAAUAUUUUGAACAACUUCCAAAGGGGAACUGCAUCAUAAAAGAUACAGAAAUUCUUCAUUAAUUUCCACAAACAAAAUCUGUCAAAAUUCUCUUCCCUGCCUCACACAACUUCCUCUGCACUGGACAGCACCCUCGCCCACGUGAGUGUUUCGCAGAGAGUUGGAUCAAAACUGUUGUCACAUAUCUACGAUACAAAACACUCUACGAUUAACUAUUAACUAUUAACGAUACUUAAGCGCUGCAGGCAAGGAACUAAGCACUAUUUAAUUUAUAUUUAUACAGAUGUAUUAUUGAAUAUUUAGACACGGAACGAUACGAACAACAAAAGAUCGGAAAAACAA